GCGGAGCCCCGCACUCGGGAGCCCCGACGCACCAAGACGAGCCGGAGCCGCUCCGCUGCUGCCGCCGCCAUGCAGAUGCAGGGCACCGUGAGGCUGUGGGUGUCGGUGCUGACUUUCGCCCUGUCGCUGCUGGUCUGCCUGGGGACGCUGGCAGAGGCGUACCCCUCCAAACCGGACAGUCCCGGCGAGGAUGCCCCCGCAGAGGACAUGGCCAGAUACUACUCGGCGCUGAGGCACUACAUCAACCUCAUCACCAGGCAGAGAUACGGAAAGAGAUCAAGCCCAGAUACCCUGAUCUCAGACCUCUUGUUGAGGGAAAGCACAGAAAACAUUCCUAGAUCCAGGUUUGAAGACCCUUCGAUGUGGUGAUGGGAUUUUCAGCACACCUUCAGAACUUUUCCUAGUUUUUGGUUCAUACUCCACUCCUCUGAAGCAAAUCAUAGCAUCAUCCCAAGUGCAUGCAGCAUUGUACCGAAUUCUGUAGAGUUUCUCCUYCAUCAUAUUUGUAUAUACCUUUAUUUAAAUAAAUUAUUUGUGCAUUCCAAAGUAUAACACACUAAAUGAGAACAAACAACCMUGUCAUUGGUACAAGAAGCAUUGUUUUAAACUAUUAAAACUGAAUUAUAACUUCCCUGUAGUGUGAAGUAGUGUGGACARCAGUGGUGUCACAGUUAUUACAGUAAUUACUGUGCAAAGUAAGAUAGAGACAUCAUUUAUUGUGGCCUCAGACUCAGCUCAAAACUGUUUAAAGUAAUUUAUCACAGACUGCAUAACUUAGGAAAAUUGUGUUCUGAGAUGUGAUUUUUAAGAACAGCCAUAUUAAAAACUUAUUUAAUGCUUACAGUGACAAAUGUAAUAAAAUUAAUGGCAUUUUGAAGUUCAAAGGAAUAAGUCACUGCUUAAUUCUGCUAACUCCUUGAAACCAGUUUGAUGUUUGGCUGUAAGCCUGAGCUAUAAACAGAUAUAACGUCUUUGUUUUGGCAACAUGCAAAAUGGCUGAAAAUAAUAUCUAAAGUAACUCACAAAGCAAGACAAAACUACAAUUAUUUGUGCCAGAAAAGAGACACCUAGCAUYGCCUAAGGCCUUGGGAAGAAGCAUACUGAGAAAUCCCAACCCUUGGGGUACUCUGAGCGCUCUGAGCCUCUUGCACUCUGAGCCUCUCUCAUUGAGAGUUGUUGAUGGUUUCUGUUUGUACCAUAAAAAAGUUCACAGAACAGGGACAAGAUGAGCUGUCUCCAGGUUUACAGUUUCUUGKUUUUGGAUUUUGUAAGUUUAGUCACUAGCCUAAUGGGGGUCUUAGACACAUAUGAAGUUUUUACUUAAUAUAAUAAUAGGUAAUAUAAUAAUGGCAGUGCAUUACCCUUGUUCUUAAGCAGUUUUCAUUCACAGAUGUGUCUUGCAGUAGG